AAUUUAUAUUUGCAACUGUUCAACUGCAAUUAACUCACUGGUGUAAACGCGAUACAUGAUUAAAAAAUUUAUCUAUGCUUGAAGCAUUAAUCUAGUUACUUGAGGUUGUUUAUCAUUUUGAAGUAAAUAUUCAGUUGUCUCUAGCCGAAUACUUUUAUGGUUGUUUUUGAAAGCCGUUAAAAAAAUUUUCAUUUGAUUGCCCGAACUCGAAGGAAAGUUUAUAGGUCUUUGAGACUAUUAUUAGCCGCCGAAAAGACCCACACCAAAAAUGGUUCAACAUGACACUUCCAGUUCCAGUGAUGAAAAUACAGCAUCUCAACUUCAGGAAAUUGCACCUAAAGGUAUCAUCCCCAUUGGCAAUUAUCGUUUAGUAGGAUGGGCUGUGGAUACGACGGGUCGCCGUCUUAUCGACGAAAUAGUACAAAUUGCAGCAUAUACCCCAGAGUCCCAGUUCUCCCAAUACAUAAUGCCUUUCACAGACCUGAACCCUUUCUACAGUAGGAGGCAUAAUAUUCGAGUAUUUAACACUUUCCGAUACAGGCGUCUGAAGGAUAUGACAACGGGAAAGUUUCUGAAGACCAAAAGUGAAAUAUCUGCCUUGGCCGAUUUCGUGGAUUGGCUUGAGAAAGUCAAAGGCGAUUCAGAAGGGAUAAUUUUAGUUUCUCACGAAGGGAGAAAAUCAAUUCCAGGAAUGCUUUUGGAAGCUUUGAAGAGGAACAAUUUAUUAGAUCAUUUUAAAAAUGUCGUCAAGGGCUUCGCAAACGGCUUCAACGUAGCUAAAUCAAAAUGCAAGAGCAGUACAAAGACAUACAACUUGAAGGUUAUGUCAAGAGUCUUAUUAAGCAAGGAAGAUGUUGAUUUUAGAACAGCAGUGGGCAGGGCCUCUGCCGUUUAUAACAUUUUGGUACAUCUUGCGCAAGGGGAACGGGAAGACUUGGGUGAUGAGACGAUUACCGAUAACGCAGCCUCAGUAAACGAGAAAAACUUGAUUGACUUGGUUUGCCCAUUUACCAAUCCUAUAUCCGCGGAAGAGGAAGAAAUUGAGGUCUUUAAGGUAAUAUUGCAAAGGCAAAAUACGUUUCGGCCAGUGUUUGGGGCCUUGAUGAGGGCCGGUCCGCACGAAAGACAACACGCUAGUCACCUGAGGAGACUUUUGGCCGAGAACAAUUUCAAUUAUGACAAGCUUAAGGACGCUUACGAUGUGGGCGGCAAGGAAGGACUUGAAAAAAUUUUAAAAGAUGAAGUUGCGAACGCGAAGGAAACCGAUUUGAACGAGCUCUUGGAGAUUCUGGAUUGUUUCUUCGAUCCCCAGAAGAAGCCGGUACAACCAAAGACCGGUAGUUGGAACAAUAGGUACAAUAACAACAGACCGAGACCAAGGCAAAAGUCAACCAGCAAAGGUCGUUCGAAUUCUCAGUCGGAAAGGAAAGAGUCUGAAACGAAGGAAUCUUCCGAAAUUAAGAACAACUCCCAAGAGGAAGUUGCCAGCAUCGAUAGUAAUUCUGUUCCGCCUGUGGAUACCAGCCCUCCAGAUAACGCUUGCAAUAUCAAAACGAGUCCGAAGAGGGAGAAUGAUGGAGAGACGGAGGUGAAGAAGGAAACCGAUGUCGAAAGGGAAGCUAAGAAUGAACCGGAGUUGAAGAAGGAAGCUGAAGUGCCUGCUAACUAGUGCCUUAGAAGUUUUGGAUGUUUUUGCCGAGCUUUCCUCUUCUAACCGGUAAUUUGUGGACCUUAUUAUGCAAUGUUUUUCACUUACUGAAUAUUUUUUUAACAUAUUAAUAUUUUUCGGUUAAAAUAGGUUAUUAUUAUUUUUUGACUUGUUACUAGAAUAAUAUAUUUUAUGUUGAGAGUGA